CACGGCGCACUCAGCACCUUACGUGACCCAGCGCGGUCUCACGGCCAUGGAUUCGCCGCUUCUGGUGGCCGCGCUGUCGUCGCUGCUGCUCCUCCUAGCCCUGUACCUGCUCGGCGGCAAGAGGCGGCGCCGGAGCUACCCGCCCGUGGCCGGCACCAUGCUCCAGCAGCUGCUUCACUGGGGCCGGCUGCCGGAGUACAUGACGGAGCUCUCCCGCAGGUACCGCACCUUCCGCAUGCUCACCCUGACCUGCAACUGGGUCUACACCGUCGACCCGGCCAACGUGGAGCACAUCCUCCGGACCAACUUCGCCAACUACGGCAAGGGGCCGAUGACCCACGGCGUGCUGGAGGACCUCCUCGGCGACGGGAUCUUCAACGUCGACGACGCCAAGUGGCGGCACCAGCGGAAGGUCGCCAGCUUUGAGUUCACCACCCGGGCGCUCCGCGAGUACAGCAGCGGCGUGUUCCGCGACGUGGCCGCCGAGCUCGCGGGCAUCGUGGCCGCCGCCGCCGCGGCCGGGGAGAGGCUGGACAUGGAGAAUCUGUUCAUGCGGUCGACGCUGGACUCGAUUUUCACGGUUGGGUUCGGGGUCAACCUCGGCGCGCUCUCCGGAUCCAACAAGAAGGGCGCGGCGUUCGCCAGGGCGUUCGACGACGCCAGCGAGCAGGUGCUGUACCGGUUCCUGGACCCGCUGUGGAAGGCCAAGAGGCUCCUCGGCGUCUUGUCAGAGGCGGCCAUGAAGCGGUCGGUGCGCACCAUCAAUGACUUCGUGUACGCCGUCAUCGACAAGAAGAUCGAGCAGAUGGGUAGAAAUCAACAGGAAUUCGCCAAGAAAGAGGACAUACUGUCGAGAUUCUUGCUGGAGAGGGAGAAAGAUCCCGGCUGCUUCGACAAUAAGUACCUACGGGACAUCAUACUCAACUUCGUGAUCGCCGGCCGCGACACCACGGCGGGGACGCUGUCGUGGUUCCUCUACGUGCUGUGCAGAGACCAGCGCAUCCAGGACAAGAUCGCGCGGGAGGUGCGGGAGGCCACCACCGGCGACCACCAGGACGUGGGCGGCGUGCAAGAGUUCGUGGCGCGCCUGACUGAAGACGCCAUCGGCAGCAUGCACUACCUCCACGCCGCGCUCACGGAGACCCUCCGUCUGUACCCGGCGGUGCCCGUCGAUGUCAAGUGCUGCUUCUCGAAUGACACAUUGCCGGACGGGCACGCCGUGAGGAGAGGGGACAUGGUGAACUACCAGCCCUACGCGAUGGGCCGGAUGAAGUUCCUGUGGGGCGACGACGCCGAGGAGUUCAGGCCGGAGAGGUGGCACGACGACGACGGCGUGUUUGUCCCGGAGAGCCCCUACAAGUUCACCGCUUUCCAGGCGGGGCCUCGGAUCUGCUUGGGAAAGGAGUUCGCCUACAGGCAGAUGAAGAUAUUUGCAGUUGUUCUUCUCUACUUUUUCAGGUUUGAGAUGUGGGAGCGCAACUUCACGGUGGGGUACCGCCCGAUGCUCACGCUAAAAAUGGAUGGCCCGCUCUAUGUUCGUGCGUCGCCCCGGCGAUCUACCAGGAACUAGCGUGCUUGCUACUAUAAGAAGUCCAGUCUCCAAAACGUUUGGAUGUUCCCCUGUUCCGUUGUGAUGAGCACUGAUAAUAUGACUAGUGGCAGCACUAACAUAAACUCUAGCAGGGUUGCCGUAUGGUUCUGUCUUUUACCACAGCCGUCGAUAGCAAGACUGGUGGGACAAGAAUGCACUCUGGCAAAAUCCUCAACUGUCUUUUACACUGCUUUUUUCCACUAGUAAGCUUGCACGUGCAAUGCACGUCUUAUUCGAGUUUAAAAUUUGAAUAUGAACAUGUUUAAAUUUUAAUCCACAUAUAGCUACUUUAAAUUCCUUGCAUAUAUACUAUGCCAGUUUAAAUCAAGGUAGGAUCCAGUACUUUGCAAAUUGCGAACUUGCCUAAAGCUUAAUUAUAUUGAGAUUAAACCCAUUGACAUAAAUUUCUCUCCUGAUAAGUCAAUGCAUACCUAUUUAAUUUCAUACGCUUAUAGGUGGACACAAGAUCAGCAUCAAAGGCAAUCUACCCCUUACUGAUCUUACGCACACAUAUGAGCUCUCAAAAUUCUGGAUUUCGCUGUCAUCUAUCAUAUCACUACAAUCUAAACACCAUGAAGAAAGAGAUAAUGCCAAGGCAACAAUUAUUCGUAUCUUGCAUGGCUUGGGUCCUUACAAGGCUACUUCCUUUCAGCUCGAGUCCAUGGGUGCUAAGCCAACCAAUUCAUCAAGCAAAACCUGCAUUUUCAUGUGCUUCCACAAAAUGCAAUGCAAACUUAGCGGUGAUCAUU